UAUCUAUCGUCCAUGUUUGUUCAGUUAACAAACAGCUCUUUUGACUUUUAUUCAAGGCUUUGUCAAUCAAUCAAAAGCGCACAUUUACGCGCACAAAAGAACGACGUGUUAAAAUAUUCAAGCAUUGCAUGAACAGAGUAAACUUUGGCUUCGAUUCGUUUCCGAGGCAUUCUUGAAGCAUUAAUCACUAGAUGUGAGGGGUUGACGAUUUUUGAGCUGCGCGCAAACAAAGCGAAACUUGGCGCAUCUUCGAGGUUCUUUCCAGGGCCUGUACAAACGGGUAUAAGAGACCUUUCCUUGUAUUAGCGUGUUAGGAAGGUUGGUUGCCUCAGGCUGAACAAAAUAUGAAAUUCGAAGAGGUUUACGAGAUAAAGGAACUUAUCGGCAAAGGAUCGUUCGCUGAAGUUAAGAAGUGUGUGAAUCGAAAAACGUCGCAGCUGUUUGCGGUCAAGGAAAUUCACUACGAGGAUGCAGAACAUAGAGAAAAAGUAGAAAAUGAAUCCGAGAUCUUAGAACGACUCGAUCAUGUGAGUAUAGUUCGUCUUGAGGAAGUAUUUUACGCAGAAGGUAAAGUCCUCAUGGUACUUGAGUAUCUUCCUGGCGGGGACCUCUUUGAUGGCCUGGUGUCGAGACCUUUCUACAGUGAAAAGGACGCAUGCGCCUGUGCACAUCAGAUCAUUACUGCGUUGAACUAUCUGUCAAGGAAAGGAAUCAUUCACAGGGAUUUAAAACCAGAGAAUCUUUUGUUGGCAGAGAGACCAACAGUAGACCGUCCGCCAAUUAUAAAACUCACGGAUUUUGGAAUCGCAAAGUCUAUCGAAGAUGGAAGACAAGUGGUUGAGUGUCAUGGCAGUGGUUCACCAAUGUACUUAGCACCGGAGACAGUGUUAGAGAGACCUGUAAGCUGCGCCGUGGACAUUUGGGCCUGCGGUGUUAUCCUUUAUCUGUUACUUGUUGGAUAUCCUCCAUUCUGGAACCAGAGGGUAGAGAUUCUACUUUUAAGCGUUUUACAAGGAAACUACUCGUUCCCUUCCCCAUACUGGGAUUCAGUAUCAGAUUCAGCCAAGGAUCUCAUCAAGAAAAUGUUGAUCGUGAAUCCUGAACAAAGAAUAACGGCUUCUCAAGCUUUGCGCCACGAGUGGAUAUCUAAAGGAGAUGUCAUCCCCUCCCUCCACAAGCAAACAACGUUUGUUCGACUCACAGCCUUUAACGCGAGAAGAAAACUCAAGGGAGUAGUGUUGGGGCUUAUCGCUAGGAAUAGGCUCACCUUCACACCCGGCCAAGAAAACAUAGUUCGUCUGACGCGGAAGGAUUCCUAUACACCGGACCCAGAAUUAGAACAUGAAGUGCAAGAAAUUCUAUCACACAAAGAACACGAGGAAGAAAAGAGACUUGAAAAAAUCGACGAAGACGUCAAUGGACUUGGCAGCGAUUUAGCCAAAACACCGAAGGAAUAUCACCUCACUGACUUAAAACCCAAAAGAUCAAGAGCUUUUAGGAGUUCAGUUUAUAUUAAAGUAAAGACUGGAGAAGGAAAGGCAAGAGACAGAGUAGGCAAAAAAAUACCAAACGAUGACAGCUAGUUUUAAUAUUCUGGAUAAAAGUAAAAAUAUUUUAUUUUAUCAUUAUAAACUCCUGAUGUUGAAUCGUAAAGGCCUUUUACGCGGGGUAUGUAUGUCUUCUUGAGGACUUUCCUUGAAAAGCUCACGUCAAAGUUAGCUACACUCACUCAACAACUCAGUAGUAUUGUAACUUGGAAAUAUCAAUUACGCAAUCCUUUUGAGCUAUAUACCGUGAAAACCGAGACUGUCCCAUGUGAUUACUUAAUAAGUUGGGAAGAAGCACAAACUGCUCCCUUAACGAGGCUGCUCCCUCAUUAACCCGAACGCCCUGAAGCGACUCGUGACAACCCCUCAAGCGGUGUUAGAUAAGUCGAUAGAAGCCGAGAGAAUUAAAGCAUUCUCUUUGCAUUGGUAUGAUCCAGUGAAUACCAUAUAACUUAUUUAUAUUGACAGUUUUGUUUUCAGCUAUAUUUCGGCCAUAUUAGGCCUUCCUCCGACCAAUAAAACUUGCCUACUCUGCCAUCAUAAUGAAACGGGGAAAUAUUUUGCCCUCAAGUAUGACGAGCAACCCCUAACAACUCGUUUCAUGCCAUUACCACCAUAUUUUAUUGAGCGGCCAACGACUCGAGGCUCUGCUACUAGCUUCUCUAAUAUCAGGCGUGCUCGUUCGUUUAGUUUUUGCAUUAUUCCUCGCGGACUUUAGGGCAAAAGAGAGACAACAAAAUACCGCUUGUACCCUUAUCUAAUGAUAUUUAGCAUUAUUCAAUGGCUGACUAUUGGCAAAUGCAGUCAAAAAGUGUUUUGCCAAGACUUGUUUUUAACAAUGAUAUAGAUUGAAUUUACUUUAAAAAAAUUGCUUUAUCUUGCCUUGACAUUUAUUUCAAACUAACUUAUUUUAAUGAGAAGCUUCAAAGUUAGAUGUUCAAUAUUUUUGGUUUAAAAAUUUAUUAAAUAGAAGAUAUAUUUA